GGUAAUCCUAUUGGCGCACAGGUUUAGAACGAGACGCAUGACGAUAUCAAUCACCCACCCACCUAAAAAAAAAGUGGCCCGAUCGAUCGAGCUCGCAUUUCUUUAUGCACAAUGAUUAGUUGAGGUCCACUCGAGGGGAGAGGUGCGAUGCAAAACCUCGCGGUAUAUAGCAACGGCGCCACUAGGCUCCGGCUGAUCUAGGUCCCCGUUGCGCUUGCACCACCUGCUCUCCAUCGCGAUCGUAAGCGAAGCCGGUAUCAAGAGGGCGUGUACUCGUGACAUCGUGUGUGUGCGUGUGCGCGAGCGCGCGCGGCAAGAUGUUGGACGGGUGCGGCCUCUUGGCGUUUGCCCGCUGCUGCUGCGUGGGAGGCGGCGAGAUGGAGAGCGAUGCACGCGUGUCGGACGAGCCGGGCUGCGGCGGCGGCGGCGGCGGCGGCGCGGGGUCGGUGGUGGAGAAGGGCGGCGGGGUGGUGGCGAGGCGGUUCGGGUGGGCGGAGAUCGAGUCGGUCACGGGCGGAUUCUCGUCCCGGGUGAUCGGGCAGGGCGGGUUCAGCACCGUGUACCUCGCGUCGCUCACCUCCUCCCGCCUCGGCGCCGUCAAGGUGCAGCGCAGCAGCGAGCGCCUCCACCGCGCCUUCUGCCAGGAGCGCGACGUGCUCCUCUCCCUCCGCCACCCCCACGUCGUCCGCCUCCUCGGCUACUGCGACGAACGAGAUGAGGGUGUAUUGGUGUUCGAGUACGCACCGAACGGCGACCUCCACGAGAGGCUCCACCACCGGAGCGGCGGGAAGAGCCGGACGGUGCUGCCGUGGGCGCGGCGCAUGGCCGUCGCGUUCCAGGUGGCGAUGGCGCUGGAGUACCUCCACGAGAGCCGGGACCCCGCCGUCAUCCACGGCGACAUCAAGUCCUCGAACGUGCUGCUCGACGCCAACCACGACGCCAAGCUCUGCGACUUCGGCUUCGCGCACGUCGGGUUCUCGGCCGCGGUCCGCCCGCCGUCCGGCGCCACCAGGGCGUGGGGCCGCCCCGUCAUGGGCUCCCCGGGAUACGCGGACCCGCACUUCCUCCGCUCCGGCGUGGCCACCAAGAAGAGCGACGUGUACAGCUUCGGCGUGCUGCUGCUCGAGCUCGUCACCGGGCGGGAGGCCAUCUGCGCCCAGACGGGGCACCGGCUCACCGCCGCCGUGGGGCCCUCGAUCGGCGAGGGCAAGCUGGCCGACGUGGUGGACCGGAGGUUGGGAGGUGACUACGACGUCGAGGAGGCCGCCACCGUGGCGGCGCUGGCGCUGCGGUGCGUCAGCGACGGCACCGGGCUCCGCCCGUCCAUGGCGGAGGUGGUGCGCGAGCUGCAGGAGAAGACGACGGCGUUGAUCUCAGCCGUCGGAUCCAAACCAAGCGAUAAGAUGGUUUCAUGAGUUACCCGUCGAAAGGCUGUAAAUAGCAUGUUAGGGAGGCUCCAAAAGUUCAUUUUUUUUUACCUUAUCUCAUCAUCAUCAGUGGAUUAGUUGAAACUUUGGGAUCAAGUAGAAAAAUUUUGUGAUGUCAUGCAUGGAUGCGGUUAUUGUAGGCAUGUAGUGGCCCAUUAACAAGGGAUCUUGUACAUGUUGUUGAAAAGAUAUACAUGAUUUACCUAAUCUAAACAUGUGAUCUUGUGAGUA